AUGCAGACCGCCGUGGUGGCGGUGGUGGCGCUGCUGCUCCCCCUCUCCGCCUUGCUGCGCUUAGGCUGCUUAGCCACGGCCACGGCCGCCGCCGACACCAACCGGACCAGCAGCGGCAACGACACGAGCUGCGCGCCGGCGAGAUGCGGAGGCCUGAACAUCACGUACCCGUUCUCGCUCGCCGGCGUGCAUCCGCUGGAGUGCGGCUACCCGGACCUCGGGCUGACAUGCGACGACGCUGCUGCUGGCAGGGCCUACCUCAGCAGGACGUUCAGGGUGAACCUGUACCGCGUGCUCAGCAUAUCUUACGACAACCGCUCCAUGCUUGUGGCGGUGGAGACCGCCUUCUCCGGUUACGGGGCGUGUAGAAUCCCGGACUUCAACGUGUCCUCUGGCCUCGGCCUCUUCCCGGUCAACGUCAGCGCCACCAACAGGGACGACCUCAACUUCGUCUACAACUGCAAGAUUCCUCGCAACGAGCUGCUGACAGGGCCAUGUGCCAAGCACGCAGUUGGGGCUUACAUCUCCGAGAGGCCGGGCGACGUGGAGAGCAGCCGGCCGCAGUGGGUUCAGGCGAACUGCAGCUCCGCGAGCGUGCCGGUGCGCGGGUUCCAAGAUGGGAUGAACCUGACUCGUGAGUCCGUGUACGAGUCAUUGAUCAGCGAUGGUUUCCUCCUGGACUGGCCGACGCUUGGAGACUGCGAUGCGUGCAAACUGAAAGGAGGGCAGUGCAGGUUCUUCGAGCUUUCCUUCCAAUGCGUCAAUUCGUCGACUUCUUCCCGUGGCGGCACAAAUUGCAGGAGGGACUCUGCGGGACGGGAACGUGGUGGCGGUGAAGCGGCUGUACAAGAACAGCUACAAGAGCGUGCAGCAGUUCCAGAACGAGGUGGAGAUCCUGUCGCGGCUGCGCCACCCGAACCUGGUGACGCUCUACGGCUGCACCUCGCCGCGCAGCAGCCGCGACCUGCUCCUCGUCUACGAACGGCGAGCGCGCUGGAGUACCUCCACGGCGUGGAGCCGCACCAGGUGGUGCACCGCGACGUGAAGACCAACAACAUCCUCCUGGACGAGGCGUUCCACGUGAAGGUGGCCGACUUCGGGCUGUCCCGGCUGUUCCCGGCGCACGCCACGCACGUGUCCACGGCGCCGCAGGGCACGCCCGGGUACGUCGACCCCAUGUACCACCAGUGCUACCAGCUCACCGACAAGAGCGACGUGUACAGCUUCGGCGUCGUGCUGGUGGAGCUCAUCUCCUCCAGGCCCGCCGUGGACAUGAGCCGCGCCCGCGCCGGCGGCGGCGGCGACGUCAACCUGGCCAGCAUGGCCGUGCACAUGAUCCAGUGCGACGAGAUCGACCGCCUCGUGGACCCACGGAUCGGGUACCGGACGGACGGCGGGACGAAGCGCGCCGUGGACCUCGUCGCCGAGAUGGCGUUCCGGUGCCUGCAGCCGGAGCAGGACGUCAGGCCGCCCAUCGGUGAGGUGCUGGACGCGCUGAGAGAGGCGCAGAGGGUGGAGCAGGAUGGAUGCGCCGUCAAGGCCAAGGAUGACAUGGGGUUGCUGAAGAAGAGCAGGGACGGCUCGCCGGACUCCGUCAUGUAUCAGUGGACCAGCCCAUCCACCACUACCCAUAACAGCAGUUGA